AUGGACAACGGCUUUCACGAGCGCUACAGGAGGCGGCUCGGUGAGGAGCUUCGCAUAUCGGUCAAGCUGCUCUUGGGCCUUCUCACAGAGGGCGACAACUGCAUCGAUGACAACAGCCCCCAGCUCGAGCGCUUUUGCCUGGUCGUGGAGAAGGCGUUCCUCCACGGCCUUCAAGACACAAUAUGGGGCAGGACGAAGCACUACUGGGACUUCAUUCAAAACAUUGCCAAACUGCACGGGCCGGCGAGCCACUCCAUCGAGAACGUGCUGGGUCUCUCACAAGUGCGCACAUCGUCGGGGCGAGGCCGUGCGUGGAUUCGGUUUGCACUGAUCGAGAAGAAGUUGGAGAAAUACAUGCGCAUGCUCAUCGCCGAUCGGGCCGACAUCACCGCCAAGUGGUACCUCACCACCACCGUCACCUCUGCCAUCAAUUGA